CCAUCGCCAUGGACCUGGGGCUCACGGCCAGCCAGCAGGGCAUGCUCUCGACGGCCCUCCUCUCUGGGAUGUUCACUGGCAUCCUGGUCAGCGGCUGGUGCGGCGACGUCGCCGGCCGGCGGUUCCCGAUCGUGGUCAGCAGCAUCUCCACCGCCCUCAUCGGCUGCGCCUCGGCGGCCUGCGGCAGCUUCCGCUGGCUCUUCUGCGCGCGCGCCUGCCUCGGCUUCGCGAUGACCCUCGGGGACGUGUCGAUGAUGGUGCUGCUGACGAGGUCACUCCUUUGAAGUGGCGCAUCCCCGUGCGCGCCGCAACCGAGGGCAUCUUCAAUGUCGGCUACGUCUAUGCGGCGGUGCUCGCCGCCGCUGGCGACGCCUACAUGAGAGACCUGAGCUGGCAGAGGCUGACCCUUCUCGCCUGUGCCGCGCCGGGGGCGCUGGGCCUGUGCGCGGCAGCGUUCCUGCCCGAGUCGCCCCUGCUGCUCGCCGGCAGGGGCGACAGCGUGGGGGCGACGCGGGCCUUCGACAAGCUGCGGCGCCUGAACCGCAGGCCCAACGCGUGCAUCGACGUGGAGCCGCGCGGGGUUCCAGCGACGGCGAGGGACCGGGGGCGGCUCGGCGACAGCCUGCGCACAGUGUUCGGGGAGCGCCACCUCCGCACGACCUGCGCCUUGGCCUUCGCCUCGUUCGCGCUCAACGCCUUCUACUUCGUCGGCGCGCACGCCAAGCGGCCGCGGGCGGCGAGCGCACGGGACAGCGGCCCGCUGGCGGGCCAGGAGACCUAUCUUCAUCGGCAGCCCCUUUGACCUCGUCGGCGCCGCCGUGGCGACGAUGCUCGCCCGGUCGCUGCCCCGCCGGCAGGUGCUCGGGCUCUGCAUGGUGGCGGCCGCCCUCUCGAUCGCGUGCUUCGGCCACGCCGGGCCCGGCCCGGACCGGACGCCCUUCCUCGAGGCUGGCUGUCCAAGGCUGGCCUCUCUGGCCUGUACUGGGUGCCCACGGUGGGGUUCGUCAGCUUCGGGCAGCUCGUGGUGGACAGCUACCCCACGCUGGCCUCCGCCACCGGCCUCAGCGCCGCCCUCUGCGCGGGGCGCCUCGGGGCGGCGGUCGCGCCGCUCGCGCUCGAGCACCUGGGGGACCUCGGUCUGUGGCAGCUCUUCUGCUACGUGUCCUCCGCGCUGUGCGCCACGGGCGCCGCGUCGCUCUGCCGGGUGCCUCCGCCGGGCGAGCCGUCCAAGCGCGCGGCGCACGGGGUGCCGCCCGCGGGCCGCGUGCUGUCCCUCGCUGGCACGUAGGGGCGCCCCGAGGGCUCCUCCUCCUCCUCGUCCUCCUCCUCCUCCUCCUCCUC